AUAGGUGUAUGUAACUGAAUAAUUCUUGUGAUUUUUAUCACAAAGAAUACUUUUGCCAUUUGAAAAAUCGUUUAGCGGGGACGAAACACGUCGUGGUAGCUAUUCUCACCCAUUCAUCCACACCCUCAAGAUGUAUAGAAUGAAACAUGACCUCUGGAAGAUUUUCAAGGUGAAGAUGGAAGAAAAGAGAAAUGAAUGAAUCAUUGUGUGAAGUCACAAUCAUAUUUUGUAUCUUUUCCGGCUUGUUUCUUUCUCAUUAUUAGUCAUCGGAUAACAUUUUUUCCCAGUAUUACCCAUUUCACAACGUAACGCAAUUACUGUUUUGUUUAUUAUUCAUCCUUAUUUCAACUUGCUAUUUUUAUUUUCCCUUCAUGGGAGAAAAGGAAGAUAAGAGAAAACAACAUAUGGUACAUAACAGGUACUCUGAUGAGAUCAAAAGUCUGUGUUACACAUUACUUUUAAACAAAUGGCCCUCGAUCGUUUCAACGAGUUAUUCAAGGACUUUGACGAUUUAGAAGUGGUAGAUGAGGAUGCUGUGAUUCCCUCAACAGAUUCAGACCUCCUUCUUCCAUCUCCAACACAGUAUACAGAUAAAAGUGAGAAAGAUACGUUUUCUUCACAAUUACCAGUACUAACAUCGACAUACGCUCGUCAACGUCCACAUUCUCCUGAACUCCAGGUUUCAUUGUCACCUCGUCCUUCGAGAUCAAGAACAAGUACUGCUCCGUUAUCGGAUUUAGACAUACUUCUUUCAUCUGCGGCACAACAGACAAAUGAGACCCGUAUUUCUUCUUCAUCACCACCACGGACACCAAAACAUACUCGUCAUCGUUCACAGUCUCCUGUACACCAUGCCUCAUCAUCACUUGCCUCGGCAUCAAGAACACACGCUGCAGCUGGCAUAUUUGCUCGUACUUAUAAUUUACCAUCGCGUUCAGAUCUUGUUUCACUUCAGACGAUUACUAUUCUAGAGCAUCUGAAGACUACAGUGUCUGUUCAUGGAGGUGAUAAUAAUUUGGUACACAUAGAUACAAUUCUCAAUCCAUCUCCUCAAUGGAUAUUGCAUGGUUAUGUAAAUCAACAUCUUGAAAUGGAUGAGAUUGUGAAACGUUUCCAUAAACUAGUAAAGUUUGCUAUUGAGUUGGAAGCGGAGUAUGAGGAAGCAAUGCUGCAUAGCAUACGAGGUCUCAUUGAUCGUAUGAAUAAGGUUCGUGUCGAGGGCAAAAUUUGGAAUACUUUUAUCAGCUAUGUGAAAGAUUUGCUCAAGGAAGAAGCAGACAAAUUGCACACUCUUCACAAAGAUCACAUCGAAACGUUAUGCCGUUCACUUGUUGUAACUGGAUGUAUCAAGAUGAACGUAUCUUAUGAAACUAAAUUGAAUGAUUUCAACGACUCCUUUACGAGAGAACAUUCAAUUGAUAGGUCAUAUGAACAUAUUAAGCGGCAAGCCUUCAAGGCAUUCAAUGCCGACAUGAAGAAAAAAUGGAAGCCAGAAGACGUACAAGACGACAAGAUUGCGAACGAAGUACUUGAUCAACAUCUCGAAAAACUCGAAAUAGAAUUAUCUACUGAUCCAUAUGUUGGUGUGGUGGAAGAGAAACUUGUCCUACUACCACCUCUUCUGCUUCGUGCACAAGUAUUCUGUGGCUGUCGUUCACUCUGCUUUCCGCUGUUUGACUCAUCUGCACAAAUACUUGAACAAAUUCAGCAUCACACUGUUGUAUGUAUUUCUACACCAACAGGAUCUGGAAAGUCCACUCUCGUACCCGCUUUAUUGGCAGCCGAUGGUUACAAUCUUAUCUUUGUUACACAACCACGUCGGUUGGCUUGCUCGGCAAUAUCUGCUCGAGUGAACAAGACUAUGGAUAGCACUAUUGCUUCCUGGGCUGUGUCCGGUGAACGUUCGAAAACGGAUAGUAAUACUCGUAUAAUACUUGCACGAACAUGUGAUGGAGUAUAUUAUGCAUAUUAUCAAACGGUAAAUAAUAGACCUGUUUAUCCAAAACCUCAGAUAUGUCAGUCUAAUUUAACCGAUGUGGAAUUUUCUUUGAGAAAAUCUCCGUUCGAAGAUGGUCUUCAUUCUUUCAAACAAUAUCUACCUGAUGCACCUGAAAAAGAAUAUUUGGAUAGUGCUGUUCGACGAUUACAGCACUUGAAUAUUCUUGAUCACGCCGGAUCUUUCACGCCUGUUGGCAAUGCUAUUGCACAAUUGCCUGACUUUGGCAAUGUAGCCAUGAACGUAUCGGUCUAUUUUGGUCUGACGAAAUUCAAUUGUGGCCGAGAUAUAAUUCGACUAGCAGCUUUUCUAAGUGUUAUGAACACUGCUGGUAGUCUCCGUACGAUUCCUGACAGAUUCAAGCAGUCAGAUGAAGGUGAUUUCAUGACUUUGUUAUCUGUCAUGAACCAUUUAAAAUCACAUCAGAAUGCAAUGGAUAAUCAAGAGUUCCUUCCUAUUGCACAUCAGCUUCGACGUGCGUUAGCUCGUUUAAAAUCUUUUGAAAAUUUCUUCGAAAAAGCAUCGCCACAAUUGUGUGAAGCUUCAGAAAUAUCUGCCCAUUAUUGGCCAAACGUUGCACGUUCGUUGCUGGCUGGAUAUUGGGAGCACGUGUAUGUAUGUAUGAAGGAGCUCAAUGGAAGUAAUACACAAUACUAUCGAUACAAUAUCUCAGACCAUGAACAUGCACAACGAAAACAGAUAGCAGCGAUUGACUACGCAACAACAAUUGAUCUUAAAUCAAACUGUCCAACGGUGGUACUUGCUCGUGAUGUAUUCUGUGGAACUGAUAGACGGGGUUGUAUUCUCUCUUUUGUUGGUAUUAUUCAGUCAAGUUGGUUAGACAAUGCGUUAGAACGAAAACUUGAUGUUACGCCACAAGAGAGAGAACACUUUCUGGCGAAUAUACGGCCCACAAACGAAUUUAUAACCAUUGCUCAAAGUGUCGCCAACACAGCUAACUCUACAAACAUUGAGCUAAUCGGUAACGCGGGAGAUGUGUUGGACACUGAACGUUUUAUACGACAGAAGCUUCAACGCUUGCGCAAGUGGCAUUUAGUGGAAGAUAACGAAUUAAAUAACAAUCCGACUUUGCAAAUGAAUGUUCGUAAUGUUCGAAAAAAUCUUCGCUAUUUCAACCCUCUAAUAUGGGGAUCUUUAAAUGAAAAACAGGUUGUGGUGAAAAUGGAGAAAGAUGGCCAAAACUCAAUUACGAUCUCUGUCAAUAGCCGUGAAGAAGACGGUAAAAAGAUCAAAAAGAUCAUUGAUAUGUUCGUAUGGUGGCUUCGUAAAUGUGUUGCUGUACGCAAUGAACAUUCUGGGGUAAUUCCGAAAUUUCUUAACAAACGAGAUGCAGCCCUCGAAGAGAGAAUUGCUCGUGUUACUGAUUCGGAGAGAACGCAGGACAAGCGAAUGAUGAUGAUGCGUGAUGGAACUAGAGAAUCUCGAAUGGAAGUCGUCGCAUGGGUCGCUGUAUGUAAAUUUAAAUGUCGACUUGAAGGUGGUUUUCCUCGUGACUGGAUAGUCGAUCAUCGUCGAGAACAUCCUACAUCGAUAGAACCAACAAAUUGGGUAACAUUCAAUCAACAAACAGGAUUACCUGAACUUACACCAAAAUUAAUUCCUGCUGAUUUAGAUUUUCAUCUCCCAUUGAAGAAGUAUUUUGAUCUGGAACGUUUUCUUGAUGAAAUGCAUCAAUAUGAGUUCCAGGUGAAAGUAUUUCAAGAACCAUGGCGUUAUAUUCUUCUCUUUGAUCAAUACACAUCCACAGGACCUUUUAUAGCAGAGUUCAUUCAGCCACAUAUUGCGAUCACACAAGAUCGCAUUGACUUUAACACUAACAAUUUAUAUGUGGAAUGUGACUACACAAAACAGUUGGGUCAAAAGAUCGAUCUUCAAGUUCCUCCAUAUUCUAUUGAUCUAGACAGCACUGUUGCUGACAUAAGAGCUCAUAAGUUAAUCGUGCUUCGACCUGAAGACGAUCAUAUGAACGAACGAAUCAAGAAAAUGACUGAUCGAGGUUAUGUAUUGAAAGAAAGACGAUUUUCUUACAUGCCAAAUCCACUGGAAAAUAAAAAUAUGGUUCUAACACCAGUACCGCCAGCAGCGAAUGACUAUACGAUGAUUAAGGAGCGAUUCAAAGAAAAGCUUCCACAAUCGAUUAUCGAGUUAAUUGAACAAGUACACAAUCCGAAUUUACAAAGACUGUACGAAGCACAGAAGACGCA